UUGCAGGAGUGAAAAAAACCUCUGAAACCAAUCCAGUGUCAUGUCUUCACCUCAUUGGGUGCCUCUGGAAUCCAAUCCAGAUGUCAUGAAUAACUUCAUAACAAGUCUGGGAGUCUCAGGACCCUAUUCACUUCAAGAUGUUCUUGGAUUUGAUCCAGAACUUUUGGAAUUGGUACCCAAACCAGUAGUGGGCUUGGUGUUUCUUUAUCCCAUCAAGGAUACUGAUGUUGUUCCAAGUCAUGAUGCUCAUGAGAAGGGUGAUCAAGGAGGUGAUCUUUUCUUCAUGCAACAGACUAUCAACAAUGCAUGUGGGACCAUUGCUUUGAUCAAUAUGCUUGGGAAUCUCACAGACAAGAUUUCCAUCGAUCCUAGUUCUUUCCUGGGAAAGUUCUUGACCAAGACCAAGUCAAUGACUCCAGCAGAAAAAGGAAAAGCAUUGGAGUACAAUGAAGAUAUCUGUACAGCUCAUGGAGAGACUGCUCAGGAAGGUCAAACACCUGCACCUUCAGCCGAGGCUCACCUUGAUCUCCACUUUGUGGCAUUUGUUGAACACAAUGGGAAACUCAUUGAACUGGAUGGCCGGAAGGUGGAGCCCACCUUUCAUGGAAAAACCUCUGGAGAAACAUUUCUCAAUGAUGCAGCUAAUGUCUGUAAGGAGUUUAUUGCUACUCGACCAAAUGAACAACGUUUUACUGUCUUGGCCUAUGCUGCUCAUGAUUAAGUUAUACCACUCUGUUCAUUGCCUGCCCAUUUAUCUCCCACUUUUCUUAGUUUUCUGAAUGGUAGAUCCUUGGUCAUGGUGACUGGUCACUUUACUGGAAAGAAACAUUUGCCAUGAACCAUUUAUAUUACAUGACAGUGAUAGAUCUCAUGCCAUCUUCUGUUAGCAUUCUGUUUGAUUUGAGCCCAUUCCUGAAAUCUCUUUGUCUUUCUCUUUUGAUUUUUGGCCUUUGAAUCCUUAAUCUGGAAAAUCUUUGUGAUAUGGUGUUCAUUGUUCUUGCCUUGGAGACUUCAUUCAGAAUCUCGCCUCAAAAGUUAUCUCCAAUCAAAAGUGCAUAUUCAGUUAAUGUGAAAUGUCAGACAUGCUCCACUUCUGACACAGUGAUUGUAAGUGUCCUGCACUUUUUGUUUGGCUUAAUUCUAAAUAAAGCUCUUUGUGUAUCACUCCAGA